AUGACAGAUGAGUUUCUGUUUCAAGACAAUAAGAACCAUACUGUUUGUAUAAAUCCAACAAAAGGAACUUUAAACGAGAAACCUAUAUCUGAACUUCUUUUGAAAGCAGAUGUUGGCAACAAAGCUGACAAAGAAUAUGUAGACGAUGCAAUAGCAAAAGAAGAAGAAAGAGCUAACAAAGCUUAUGCAACAAAAGAACAUACUCAUCCUGAACUAGCAGACAAAACAUAUGUUGACAAUAAAAUGUCAAGUGAAGUGACAAGAGCUGAAAACGAAUAUUCUAAAAAGACUCAUACACAUUCUAUAUCUGAUAUUACAAACUUACAAGAAACCUUAAACAGGAAAAGUGACGUUGGACAUACACAUUCUAUAUCUGAAAUAACAGACUUAAACGUUAGCCUUGAAAAGAAAGCAGA